UACUUACUACUUUAUAGAAUGUAUAUUGCGUAUUUACUGGCGGUGCAGCUUUGUCUUUUGAAUUCAGUUUCUGUGGCACAAGAGAAUGCUUGGGCAGAUGAAGAAGAAACUGCUGAAUAUUGGAAUAAUUUGGCACAGAAUGAUCUAAAGAAAGCGCUGGAGGAAGAAAACUUAAAUAAAUUAGUCGCAAAAAAUAUCAUCUUCUUUUUGGGUGAUGGUAUGAGCAUAUCAACUAUAACUGCUGGCCGAAUACUAAAAGGUCAAAUAAAAAAUCAAACGGGAGAAGAAUACGUGUUGGGAAUGGAUAAACUACCAUAUACAGGCCUUUCAAAGACAUAUUCUGUGGAUACAACCACCGACUCGGCAGCUACAGCAACUGCAUAUUUGUGUGGAGUUAAAUCAAAACAUGGAACUAUCGGUUUGAGUGGAGGAGUCAAAAGGACCCGUAAUUGGCAAAUCCGCAAAUCAACAGGGAUAAUAUCUACAGUUCAUAUCACGCAUGCAUCUCCUGCCGGAACAUAUGCACAUACUCCCGAACGUCAAUGGUACAAGCGACACGAGACAAUCAGAACGCAAAGUAAAGUAGAGGGCUGCAAAAGAUUAUUGCUUUACAGUUUUAUGAAAAAAGACCUAAAGAGUGUUGCGCUUGGGGGUGGUCGUCAAUACUUCCGACCGCCCUCAGUUCCGGACGAAGAAAUGCCUUUAUUUCCAGGAGAGAGGGGAGACGAAAGAGAUUUAAUUCAAGAGUGGUUAGAUAAUGCGGAUGUAGACGAGAACAGACAAUAUGUUUUUAACAAAACAUUAUUUGACGAUAUUGAUCCUGUAAAAACUGACAGAUUGCUUGGUCUAUUUCAGCCCUCGGGGAUGAACUACGAAAUAUUCCGCAACCCGGACAACGAGCCCUCUCUUGCUGAAAUGACGGAAAAGACAAUCGAGAUUUUGCGUAAAAAUGAAAAUGGAUAUUUCUUAUUUGUGGAAGGGGGAAACAUUGACAGAGGUCAUCACGACAACAGCGCAGCCGAGGCUUUAUAUGACACAGUGGCAUUCGAUGAUGCGAUUGAAAAAGCAAUGUCGUUAACAUCCGAAAGUGAUACGUUAAUAGUAGUAUCGGCUGAUCACAGUCAUGUCAUGAGUUUUGGUGGAUACACAUUCCGAGGAAAUCCGAUAUUUGGCACCGUACGUUCGCCUGACUAUAAAUCCCUUGCAUCUGACGGAAAGCAAUUCACUUCGUUGCUAUAUGGAAAUGGUCCUGGCUACCAAGGAUUUCCAACUCUACCAAUCAGACCUAGACAAAAUUUAAGUGAAGUCAACACAGCUUCGUUUCUUUACCGUCAACAAUCCGCAGUGCCACAUGCCAGUGAGUCACAUGGAGGUGAUGACGUAGCGAUUCUAGCCUCGGGACCCAUGGCCCAUUUGUUCCAAGGAGUACACGAACAAAACUAUAUUCCACACGUCAUGAGAUAUGCUGCCUGCAUUGGAAAUAAUAUUGACCACUGUCUACUAGAAACCGAAGAAGCACAAGAAGAUAUCGAAGAAUAUUAUAUUUCUUUUCUUGCUAUAAAUCUGACUUUCACCGAUACCAUAGUUGCCCUGUAUGUGCAAUUUGUUCUUGUGAUUUGUUUGGCAAGCUUUAUGAUAUUUUUGGGUCUGAUGGCGAUAAAAUCACCAGGGGGAAAUUCUAAAGAAAAAUCCGGGUAUGCCUUAGACAAUGGGAAAGUCUACGUAAACACUGGUUUUUAGUUUUACGUUAUUUCAAAAUCCAAUUCAUCUCCGGUUACUUAGCUCUUUCUUAAGCACUGCAUAUAAUUUGUAAUUUUUUAUUAUGUGACUCUAAAUUUUGCGUUAUACUAAUAUACUUGAGGAUGUAUACCAUGUAUUGGUAAUAGAAGAAAAAUUAUGCAGAAAUAUGAAA